UGGAAUUAAGGGUUUUCGUCCGGAGCCUCCAUGGUGAAACGCAAAGAACAUGAGAAGGGCAUCUUGGAAGAGAUCCCUCUUGAUCUGAAGAAGAUGGAUACAGUGACUAGAUCGCAUGCAAAGAGUGUGACCCAAGGUAAGCUACAUGUCGUCCUCCCUUUUGAUAUGGAGGUGGAGACACUGACUAGAUUGCCUGUAAAGUCGCUUAUGAAGUUCCUAUGCGUGUCCAAGACUUGGUAUUCCCUUAUCCGAAGCCAAAGAUUCGUCGCUUCUUACUACGCUGCUGCGAAGCCUUCCCGUUUUGUAGCCGCUUUCACCAACAGUGUAUUUGGUGAACCCAAGCGUCUGUUCAUCUUGUCGGGAGAGGAAACUUGUUGUUCUUCUUCUUCUUCUUUGGUUGCCAAGCUAGACAUGACAAUACCCUUAGUGACCUUGCCUUUCAACGUCUACAAGUAUUUUUCCGUCCAUGGCUUUAUGGCUUGUAAAGAUGGGACAACGUUCAUUAUAUGUAACCCUAGCACGCGGCAAUUCAUUACCUUUCACUGCAAGGCACCGUGGACAUCCUUGGGAUACGAUCCUGUCCAUGAUCAAUUCAAAGCGUUGACCCUGUUGACAUCUGAGAUUGAUCAUAUUCAUAACCCUAGUUUGACGAUGUGCAAGCACGAGGUUAUAAGACUUGGAAGAGGAGGAGUAGUUGUAUCUCGUAGCACCCAAGUUACCUCCCCGUAUUAUCUCCCUUUCACUGCGGGACUAUGCAUCAAUGGUUUCAUCUAUUAUGGAGCUUCUGUGACAAGUCACACAAGUAUUCCUACUCUUGUGUUUGUGUGUUUUGAUGUUAGAAAGGAGAGGAUACUAAGUUUUAUCACAACGCCUCAGGAGGUCCUGGUUUGGAAGGGUUAUACAUCUUUGAUAGAUUACAAAGGGAAGCUAGCUGUCGUUGUACCAAACUGUUUGGGAUCUGCUUCUUCUUUCGACGGUUUUAAUCUUUGGAUACUGGAGGAUGUGACGAAACAUGAGUGGUCCAGACAAUCAUUUGAGCUUCCCUUGCCUCUUCCCUUCACUCUGGGGAUGGGUAAGCGUAUGAUUUCCCAAGGAACCAACAAGGCUGGUGAAAUCAUUUUCUCCCCAACAACUCUGCCAGGCCGGGCCCAGCCCUUCUAUGUUUUCUACUUCAACCCAGACACGAAAAACAUGAGAAGAGUCAGGAUCCACGGUGUCGCAGAUACUGAAGAGUUCUGGAGCCGUUAUGGACUCACAGACGUUUGCUGCGUCUCUUUCUCACCCCAACACGCUGAUAGUAUUGCUUUUUUAUAAAUGUGUGUGUUUUAUGUGUAAGAGCUUGUUGACAAACAUAAACUCUGGGGAUUUUUUUUAUUUUUUUAUCAAAUAAUAUUUAUGCAGCAAACUUGUUUUUGUGACUCGCAUCUGUUGA